UUUUUUUCUCAGAGAAUUGAAGUUGAUCAAAUUCCCUAAAAGACCUUGAUAUUUCUCUGAACUUUCUCUACAAUUCGAUCCUAUUUGAUCAGCAAUUUCAAUGGCUACCAUGGGGAACAACAAUCUCAAUGCGAAGCUUGUUCUCCUUGGAGACAUGGGUGCUGGGAAGUCAAGCCUCGUCUUGCGCUUCGUCAAGGGCCAAUUCCUUGAAUUCCAGGAGUCGACAAUUGGAGCAGCGUUCUUCUCGCAGACGCUGGCGGUGAAUGAUGCGACUGUGAAAUUUGAGAUUUGGGAUACGGCUGGGCAGGAGAGGUACCAUAGCUUGGCCCCCAUGUAUUACAGAGGAGCUGCAGCUGCCAUAAUCGUCUAUGACAUUACUAACACGGAGUCAUUCGCAAGGGCCAAGAAGUGGGUGCAAGAACUUCAGAAACAAGGCAAUCCUAACAUGGUUAUGGCAUUUGCUGGUAAUAAAGCUGAUCUGGAAGACAAAAGGAAGGUGACAGCUGAGGAGGCUCGUAUGUAUGCAGAGGAGAAUGGUCUUUUCUUCAUGGAGACAUCUGCUAAAACUGCUAUCCAUGUCAAUGACAUAUUCUAUGAGAUAGCUAAGAGAUUGCCCCGAGCUCAGCCAACCCAGAAUCCAGCAGGCAUGGUUCUUGUUGACAGACCAACAGAAAGAUCCAGUGCUGCAGCAUGCUGCUCCUAAGUUCGUAGUUACAGUAACUUCAUAAACUGUUUGAGGGUUGUGAUGAUAGGCCAGAGAUCAUUCAAUGGGGAGACAAUGGAAUAGUUUGAUGCGAAUAUUGGAAGGAUCGACCCUGGUGACCUGACUGGGGUAACACAUUGUUCUUUCUUCAUGGCAUUGUAAUGCUUAUUAUUUUGAAACCUGUAAAUGAGUAUUAGUGUGUGUUUGU